UCAAUGCUGGUUCAUGCACUAUACCACCAAAGCUGAAUGAUUAAUGCUUAAGCAGCUCCGGCGAUCAAAGAUAGGAGAAGAUGGACGUAAAUCAAGGUGUUAGUGAUAACAAGGUCGUCGAAGAAGAUGUUCUGCUACCGGGAUUUCGGUUUCAUCCUACCGAUGAAGAGCUCCUAGGUUUUUAUCUUCGCCGGAAAGUUGACAAGAAACCCCUCAGAAUCGAGCUCAUCAAACAGAUUGAUAUUUACAAGUUUGAUCCAUGGGAUCUCCCAAAGGCUAGCAUGGUGGGCGGCGGCGGCGACCAUGGCAGCGGAGAGGCCGUAUCGUAUUUCUUCUGCAAACGAGGAAGGAAGUACAGAAACAGCGUGAGACCGAACAGGGUAACAGGGUCUGGUUUUUGGAAAGCAACCGGCAUUGACAAGCCUGUUUAUGCACAAGCAUCGUCACGGCCAGCAGGUCAAGGCCAUGCCUGCAUUGGCCUAAAGAAAACCUUAGUGUAUUACCGCGGCGCCGCCGGGAAAGGAACCAAAACCGAUUGGAUGAUGCACGAGUUCCGUCUUGCUACCGACGAUAAUAGUAACGUCGGCAGUUGUGGCGGCUUUUCGAACCCGAAAACCGUUGCACAAGAAGCUGAAGUAUGGACCCUAUGUCGAAUUUUCAAGAGAGAUUCGUCGCUCAAGAAAUUCAGACCAGAUUGGAGACAACUCGCAGCAAAAAAGGGUUCAAAUGCCACACAAAUUAGCUCUCAAACAUGUACUACUGUUGAAUCGAACAGCCAUGGGAACUACAUCGGCUUCGGUUCUCCGAUGGUUGAAGAUUACCAUAUCAUCAAUGGAAGAAGCCAAUGGCAGAUUGCAGACAAAAUGAGUGCAGUAGCUCAAAUACCUUUAUCAAUGGCGUCGUCGUCGAGCUUUUCGAAUUGUCUGGAAAAUGAUUUCUUCACCGAUGCUAGUUGGGAUGAGCUGAAAUCGGUUGUGGAGUUUGCUCUUGAACCCUUUCCUAUGUAAAUGAUGGGUUUUUAGGGUUAAUUAGUAGCUAAUUUUAUCCCUUUUUACCGUUGUUUACGAGUGAUAAAGACUAUCAACCAUUUAACAAUGACCGCUCAAAUAACCUGCAGUCUUUGGUGCUCAAAGCC